AUGUCCCGAAUUUCCCCGCCGCCACCGCAGAGGACAUCAAGACCUUAUAGUUCUGUUCCUGAUGCUAAUAUACGGAAUUUCGCUCCAGUGGCACGUAUCAUGAAGACAGCUCUACCGGACAAUGCGAAAAUUGCGAAAGAAGCCAAGGAAUGCAUGCAAGAGUGUGUCAGCGAGUUCAUAUCAUUCAUUACUAGCGAAGCAUCAGAAAAAUGUCAACAAGAGAAAAGAAAGACAGUUAAUGGCGAAGACAUAUUGUUCGCUAUGACAUCCACUGGAUUUGAAAAUUACGCCGAAGCCUUGAAAAUCUAUCUUUCCAAAUAUCGCGAGUCUCAAUCGCAGCGGGGCGACAACCAAGGCAACCAGCAGAGACCAAGCAGUUCAUAUGGUGCCAGUCAACCGCCCUCAGCGAGCAGUGGUCAGAACACAACGGGUACUUUCCAAGGCCAGGAGGGCGGUGUGGAUCAAAUACUCAGUCCCCAAGGCCUCGAUGCAUCUCACCAAGAAGGUGGAUUCUACCCUCCAGGCUCAACAAAUGGAGGUGUUGGCGGCGAACACUACUAA